GCCAUGGGAAGACAUUACUUGUUGAUAGCAAGACUGUUGUUGUUAUCAUGGGAGCUCUGAGAGGAUUGCUGCUCUUUGUGCUGACUGUUGGGGUCUUCAAUGUUUGUUGUUCCCCUGUUGGAAAGUCCAAGAAGCAAGAUCGAGUCUCUCUACAGAGGAGAUUUGGAGAGCUAGCAUCAAAUGACGUCUCCAUUGCACAUGCCCUGGCCUUGCUCCGGUCCAUAGUGUCUGACUCUAAACAAGCCAGAGAAGAGUAUUUGGAGACCAAUGACGACGACUCUACUGGUGCCGCUACCGGCUCGCCUGACGACGACGACUCUACUGGUGCCGCUACCGGCUCGCCUGACGACGACGACUCUACUGGUGCCGCUACCGGCUCGCCUGACGACGACGACUCUACUGGUGCCGCUACCGGCUCGCCUGACGACGACGACUCUACUGGUGCCGCUACCGGCUCGCCUGACGACGACGACUCUACUGGUGCCGCUACCGGCUCGCCUGACGACGACGACUCUACUGGUGCCGCUACCGGCUCGCCUGACGACGACGACUCUACUGGUGCCGCUACCGGCUCGCCUGACGACGACGACUCUACUGGUGCCGCUACCGGCUCGCCUGACGACAACGACUCUACUGGUGCCGCUACCGGCUCGCCUGACGACGACGACUCUACUGGUGCCGCUACCGGCUCGCCUGACGACGACGACUCUACUGGUGCCGCUACCGGCUCGCCUGACGACGACGACUCUACUGGUGCCGCUACCGGCUCGCCUGACGACGACGACUCUACUGGUGCCGCUACCGGCUCGCCUGACGACGACGACUCUACUGGUGCCGCUACCGGCUCGCCUGACGACGACGACUCUACUGGUGCCGCUACCGGCUCGCCUGACGACGCACGACUCUACUGGUGCCGCUACCGGCUCUUUGUUGUUCCCCUGUUGGAAAGUCCAAGAAGCAAGAUCGAGUCUCUCUACAGAGGAGAUUUGGAGAGUAUUUGGAGACUGACGACGACUCUACUGGUGCCGCUACCGGCUCGCCUGACGACGACGACUCUACUGGUGCCGCUACCGGCUCGCCUGACGACGACGACUCUACUGGUGCCGCUACCGGCUCGCCUGACGACGACGACUCUACUGGUGCCGCUACCGGCUCGCCUGCACGACGACUCUACUGGUGCCGCUACCGGCUCGCCUGACGACGACGACUCUACUGGUGCCGCUACCGGCUCGCCUGACGACGACGACUCUACUGGUGCCGCUACCGGCUCGCCUGACGACGACGACUCUACUGGUGCCGCUACCGGCUCGCCUGACGACGACGACUCUACUGGUGCCGCUACCGGCUCGCCUGACGACGACGACUCUACUGGUGCCGCUACCGGCUCGCCUGACGACGGCGACUCUACUGGUGCCGCUACCGGCUCGCCUGACGACGACUCUACUGGUGCCGCUACCGGCUCGCCUGACGACGACUCUACUGGUGCCGCUACCGGCUCGCCUGACGACGACGACUCUACUGGUGCCGCUACCGGCUCGCCGCCUGACGACGACGACUCUACUGGUGCCGCUACCGGCUCGCCGCCUGACGACGACGACUCUACUAUCAAAAAGUAA